UUAGGUUCUCUCUUCCUAUUGCUCGCAUUUUCUCUCUCUUUUGGCUCUCUCGCUCGCAAAUUCAGAGGGGCAGGGUUUAAGCUUAAACCCAGUAGUGCGAUGGCUCUGAGGACAGCGGCGGCGGCACCUCGCGGCUUGAGACGGCUCUUUUCGUCGAUUUCAAGUCCUUCUUUCCUUCCUCCACAGACGCCUCCUGCGGCUCAGGCUCGAGAAAAGCCUGAACCCAGUACCAACCUCUUCAUCUCAGGGCUUAGUAAACGUACUACUACAGAAAAACUACAUGAAGAAUUUGCUAAGUUUGGUGAAGUAGUUCAUGCGAGAGUGGUGACUGAUCGUGUAUCAGGGUAUUCUAAGGGAUUUGGUUUUGUAAAAUAUGCUACACUAGAAGAUGCUGCAAAAGGCAUAGAGGGAAUGGAUGGCAAGGCACUUGAUGCUAAAUCUCACUCUCACCUAGCUAUAUGUUUCUGGAUGGUUGGGUUAUAUUUGCUGAAUAUGCUAGACCCAGACCACCACCUGGUCAGAUUCAGAACAACAUGACUUCUUCAUAUGGCCGUCCUUGACUACUAUUCGGAAGGAACAACUACUUCUUUGGAUAACUCUUAUUAGCCAUUGCCAUUUGACAAUCGUCGAUGAGGUUGCAGUCUGCGUUGAUGCUCUAGCUUGUGGUGGAGAUCGGCCUUAAUAUAAGAAUUAAACUGCAUUAAAUUGUGAAAUAUGUGAACUUCAAAUUUGUCUUUGAGACAUUAUGUGUAACAGUGUUUACCUUUUAUGGAGAUAAUCAAAUUUAUAUAUAAUAAGUCCGAAAAGUACGAUGGAUUGGUUUGUUCUGCUA